CACAGUCAGACCAGCCCAAGAUGCCUUUGUGGUCAUACGAGGCGAUGUGAGCACUUCAGACUCUAGAGGUCCCCGUCCAGCAUGCAGCAACAUCCACCUAUCCAGAUUCUGCCCCUCACGUUCUAGUGCAGGGGACAACGGUAUAGGAAAAGGCCGCUCAGAGCCACGGAGACAGAGGGAACCUGAGGAACGCACGCUUCCCGGACGAGACAGAAAUAACGGGAACUUUGAUUUGACGCCAGGCUGAUGCAAUUACGAUAAUAUAGAGCUGCAUUCCUUAGUGAAGGGAUGCAUUGACAUUUCGAGUGUUCAAAUAUGAUGUCCUUGGUUCCCUGCUCAUUGUAGAUUAUAUUUAAUGUAUCUCUCCUAUUUCUGAUGUGCUACUUCGUUGUGACUGUACACUUGGGUCACCCACAUGAAUUUUAAGGCAGCCGGAGCGCAUUGUUUCCAGCUUCGUUUCAUGGGAUUUCCAGUCGUGUCGGGUGCCGUGAUGUCUGCAACAUUUUGGUCUUUGUUUCUGGUGCUGCUGAGCUUGCUGACGGCUGGCGCCCAGACAGAAAUGAAGAGAGUUGUCGGAGACAACGCCACCCUGCCAUGCCACCAUCAGUUCUGGCAGUCCAACGCGCAGUUGCUCGACAUCGAGUGGCUACUGCAGAAGCCCAACUCUAAGCAGAGAGUGAUCAUCACGUUUUUCGGGGGCCAGGUGUACACCAGUGAGGUGACCAGCGAGGCCAGUCGUCUGUCUUUCGCAGGGGACUACCUAAAGGGUGACGCCUCCCUGCUCCUCAGUGACCUACAGCUGACGGACUCUGGAGAGUACUACUGCAAGGUCAAGACAGGGGGAAAGUACCACUGGAGCCAGGUUAACCUCAUAGUGCUGGUGAAGCCCUCUAAGCCACGAUGCUGGAUGGACGGCAGGCUGUUAGAGGGCAGUGACGUUAAACUGAGCUGCAAAUCCAGUGACGGCUCAGACCCUAUCAAAUACAACUGGGGGAGGGUGCUGGAUAAGGGAAAGAGUGUUGGGAAACUCCCCCUACUGGCACUGAGAGAUCUGAAGAAUCCAGAGAUCGUCACCCUGCGGAACCUGACGAAGGACAGUACAGGUUUCUACAAGUGCACCGCCAGCAAUGACGUGGGCGAGGAGAACUGCAUCAUCGAGGUCACCAUGCAGUAUGUUCGAGGGAUGGGCGUGCUGGCAGGUGCCGUGGUGGGCGUAUCCUUUGGUGUUCUCCUCAUCAUCCUAAUCAUCUGGCUCGUCUUCCGCAAGAAAGAGAAGAAGAAGUAUGAGGAGGAGGAGACACCCAACGAGAUCAGGGAGGAUGCAGAGGCUCCCAAGGCCAAGCUGGUGAAGCCCAACUCCCUGUCCUCAUCCCGCUCUGGCAGCUCCCGCUCCGGGGCCUCCUCAACACAGUCCAUGGUGCACAACACCGCCCCCCGCGGGCACCGCCCUCGCCUCCCAGCCAUUGCUGCCCUUAAGGAGAACGGACAGCCCCCUGACUUCCCACAGUCCCCCCCAGCCUACACCACGGUGGUACCACCCAACAAGAUCCCUGAACCCCCCGGCACCCCCAAAUACAACAUCAACUCCAGGAACCAGAUCUCUGGGCCCACUCCCCCAACUCUCAUGGUCCCUGCCCAGACCAAGGCCUUUCAAACUGUGUAGGAAGUAGAAGAGAGUCCAUCCUGGCUGUGUUGAAGUAUACGACCCACCCCCUCCCCCCACCCCUUCAAAGACACAAACUCUUCCUUUAAACAACAAAAUGCAACUAGUAAAAGGAUGUAAUUAAAAUAAUAUAUAAUAGAAAUCCAAAAACUUUUAAUGAAUGCAUACUUAAAAAGGGAAAAUAAGAAAUGCUUGCCCCCUACUGAAUAAAAAACAACAAAACUAAACUAAAAACCCGAGACAGAACUUUUCUGUUUAUGUCUCUCGGCUAAAGAACUUAUUUUUACACUUUUCUUUCAACUUUGAAGGCAUGGGAAGCAGUGAGCGAGCACAGCGCUGUGUGCGGUGAGGUGGAAGGAAACCCAGAGUGGAGCUUUUAUUUAUUUAUCAAAUCAAAAGGACGGGAGUGCAGAGAAAAAGGAAGAAAGAAGGGAUGGGAUGAGAAAAGAGAGAUCCAAAGUCAGAGCCAGGUGCCGAUGGAGAUGACGGAGGGAUGAGGGCAUGAAAUACUGAGAGAGAACAAGCCUCUUUAUUUUGGCCUUGUGGUGUCUCUGACUCAUCCAACCACACCAAUCCAAGCAGGCAGACACAUUGGAGCUUCCCGCUACAAACCACACACCCAAAAACACCCCUGGCCCUCUGACAGAUAGCAGACUGUUUUCCCUGUGAGGAGAGAAACCGUUAGAUCACCCCUCCAAACCACAGGCGGCCGGUGGCACCUUAUUUGAGGAGGACGGGCUCAUAGAAAUAGCUGGUAUGGAAUAAAUGGAAUGGUAUCGAACACAUCAAACACAUGGGGUAUUUCUCAAUAUACAUACUACCGUGCUCUACACUCUCAUGCUCCGAGUGAUGUUCUCUCGAGUACGUUCUUGUGAGGACGAGUGUGGAGAACGCAUAAAACAUAUUUGAGAAGCACUCGCACUCCCCCUACUGUAUUACCUCACACUGCAUCUCCCCAUUCACUGAACCUUUUCCAGCCAGGACAAUGGCAACAAUAGACGCAACAAGAUAUACAUAAAACAAACGUUUUACCUAAUAAUUAUGAACUAGAUAUAUGUGAAUUGUUGUACUCUUGUUAGCCACAUAGUUUAACAGGCAAAAAUGACCUAAAACUAAUGUUAUGCAAGGUAGAUGUUCAUUUUUCAUGGUUAGCUAGCUACCAAUUCUUCGUGGCUAGCUAGCUAGCCCUACUAAAUUACUAUGGAUUUACCCAUUCACUGAACCUUCUUCCAGCCAAGACAAUGGCAAUAGAGAUUAAACAAGAUAUAAACAAAUUAAAUGUUUUACUUCAUAACUAUCAGCUAGCUAUAUGUGAAUCGUAAUAAUGUAGCUAACCACAUAGUUUAACAGGCAAAAAUGACCUAAAGCUAAUGUUAUGCAAGGUAGAUGUCAAUUCUUUGUGGGUAGCCAGCUUACAAUUCUUCGUGGCUAUCUGGCUAGCUAACAGUAGUAGCUAACCAGUUUUCCCUAUUGACUUAAUAUGGGCUUGCAUUCUACGAUACGUAGGCAGGUAAACAUGCCAAAAAUAACACAGCAUGUAUUUAUUAACCUAUCAAGAUAAAAUAUUGUAGUCAUGCAACAUAUGAGAUGAGAAUAGGCAACAUUUCAUUCCGAAGUGUAUUUUCUCUCAAUUCAGCUCAAAUAAUGGAUUUCAAGAAAUGUUGUUUUAUUUUUUACAUGGUUGCAUCAUAUUUCUUUGCAUCAUUUCUGUUGAAGCUUGCAUCGAUGCAUGCUUCCAAAUAUGUACAGACUCAUUCGAGAAGUGCCCUCUGUGCUCCAUUUCGCAUACUUCGAUUUGGACUCAUAGUCCGACCCUCCCCUUCUCCAAUUUGCGUGCUCAGAGCAUGGUAGUAUGUAUUUUGAGAAACACCAAUGCUUUCCCUGUGUUUGAUACUAUUCAAUUCACUCCAUUCCAGCCAUUAUUAUGAGUCUUCCUCCCCUCAGCAGCCUCCUGUGUGCAGACGCUCUGUGAUUCUUUACGGACUCCAUGACAUCUAAGACACACCAUGUUCCAUGGUCCUGACCCCAUUUAGAGAACAGCUCAUCUGCUUUUCUCAACAGGAGAAACUUUAGCCACAUUCAUAGGAUGUAUCACUGACAUGGUAGCCUGAGUUCUGCUGAAACUUUUAUUUUCCCCCCCACAUCCUCUCUCUCAGCUCUGUGGACAUUCUACAUCAGGGAUCGGCAAUUCUGGCCUCCCGGGUCUGUAGUGGUGUCACACUUUUCCCCCAUCCCUAGCAAACACAGCUGAUUAAACUAAUUGCAUUCUAAACUGAAGAUCGUGAUUAGUUGAUUAUUGGAGUCAGGUGUGUUGGCUGUGGCUGGGGCAAAAGUGUGAGGACUGGCGUUAUCAUCCCAUAUAGUAUGUAAACUCCUCCGCAAAUUAACAUAUGGGUGAAUAAGGUGUUAAAGUACAGUACAUAGAGAUACAUGACUGAAUAUACUGGAUAAGAAUAACUUUAAGACAAGGGGGCAUAGUAUCCCUUCUAUUUCUAUUUUACUCCCCCCACCCGGGCAUGUCUGGACAGGUUGUGAAGGGUGACACACAGUUUCAAAUAAAUCAAUCAAAUUGAUUUAUAAAGCCCUUCUUACAUCAGCUGAUGUCAUUAAGUGCUGUACAGAAGCCCAGCCUAAAACCCCAAACAGCAAGAAAUGCAGGUGUAGAAGCACGGUGGCUAGGAAAAUCUCCCUAGAAAGGCCAGAACCUAGGAAGAAACGUAGAGAGGAACCAGGCUAUGAGGGGUGGCCAGUCCUCUUCUGGCUGUGCCGGGUGGAGAUUAUAACAGAACAUGGCCAAGAUGUUCAAAUGUUCA